CCCUUUCCAUAUUAUUUUCAGGGUAAAGCUUGGAUGGUUAGUUCGCUUUGGACAAAUAUUUUAAAAGAGUUUGAUCGCGAUAUGAUAAAGCAAAAUAGAAAAGUUGUGCUAUUUAUUGAUAAUGCUCCUUGCCAUAAGGUGACCGACUUAGUUCUGGAAAAUGUCAAAAUUGAAUUUCUUCCUGCUAAUACCACAUCGAUAUUACAGCCACUCGAUCAAGGAAUAAUACAUGCCUUCAAAGUCUAUUUCAGACAAAUUCUUAUAAGAAAACAGUUACUUGCAAUCGAAAAGGGCUUAUCAAACAAAGAUUUUGUGAAAUCGAUUUCAAUCUUAGAUGCUCAAACUUUUGCAAAGCGGUCAUGGUGGCUUGUUAAGAAGGAAACUAUAGAAAACUGUUUCCGUAAGGCUGGAUUUUUUAUUGAAAAUAAUUCCUCUGACGUCGUUGAAGAAGUAAUAGAUGUUACAAUAGAUCCUACAGAGUUUAAGGAAUAUGUUAACUGCGAUAAAGAGCUUGAAUGUUUUGGAACAUUGACGGAAGAUGAAAUUGUUUCAUCCAUCUUAGACGGAAAAUCCAGCGAAGCAUCUUCUGAAGAAAAUUCACAAGAUGAAUGUAAUAAUGUUCACCCACCUUAGUAGCAGCUAUAGGUGCGCUUUCAACAGUUAAACAUUUUAUGGAAAGUAAAAAUCUUUAUCUUGAUGAAAUUAAAUCGCUUGAAGAAAAACUUUAAAUGUAACGGCACAAUUCCGAUUUCUUUGGCGCCACGAAGGUACCGUUGGAAAGAGGAAGUCCUCCUGAUUAAAAAACAUAUAUAUAGGGUCCGCAAACGCUUGGUUUAGGAGAUAUUCGGCCUUAAAGUUCAAAAAUUCGCAAAAUUGGACCAUUUCAAGGAGUUAUUUCACCACUUUAAACACACUUUUUUCUCAUUUUUCACAUCAAAUUAAUUAAAUUGCACUAUAAUCUUUUAAAUAAACCUAUAUUUUACUCUUUUA